AUGACAGACCACCAAGUGAUAGACUUCUCUGCCUGCCGACUGCUUUCUGAAUCGUGUUCGGACCCAGCUGACACCCUGCCGACGGACUGUCGCAUGCAGACUAAGUCUAGCUGCGACAGUGCCGACUCCGGCUGCGAUUUCGACACGGAGUUGCCAACUGCAGCCCUAGAAAUUUGGAAGAACAACAGUUAUGUAGGUCCAAGGGGCGGAAUAGGCAGAACGACCUCUGCUUCCUCUCCUCCGAGCGCAGGCCAGUCAACCUACAACUUUUCUUCGUGCUCAUCUGAAGAAAGACUUUUUCAAAAUACCAAUGUCACCGGCGCAUUUGACACUUACAAUCUCCUUGAAACCUCAUCCGUCUCGUCUAAAGCCCCCCUACGCGGUGCUCUUUCUAGUGUGACUGCAAGCGAGACGCCCUCAAGAGAAAGCCCACCUCUUCAUGAAUCUAAUCUUUUUCCACAAAUUGAACAUCAACAAUCCUCCCGGCAGGCCAACUCUGAUGAAACAUUAUGUGGAGCAAAGUUCACAAACUCCCUACAGGAUAUGUAUGACGGUGAAAGGAACUUCAUUCCGGCUGGAGCAGUCCAUUUUCCCCGGCCUCGGGAGACUAGGUUUGACCAGGAGUCCGUUGCAGUGGCAUCGGCAAGACGAUCCGCUGCAAAGACACAAAAGCGUGGAACCAAACAGGUAACAGGAAAACUGAUGAAGGUCGCUCGUGCUUCGUCUAAGGAAAGCGAUUCACCAGCUGUCAUGAAGUCGACUGCUGCUGCUGAUGUCCAGUCACCUGGGGCCUCCUAUAAAUACCUCUCAUGGCGAGAAAAAGAUAGACGACGGCGUUUUCGAGAGGAGUGGAAGAACCUCUGGCUAGUUGUUCCGUACGGUUCAUAUGAAGUGAGUCAUUCGACAUCCCAUAAUCUUUUUUCUGAUGACAUUCUGCAUAAAUAA